ACAAUCGUCGUGAAUAUCAACGCAUUGCAAAAGUACACACUGUCAAACAUUUCACGAAUGGAAAGUUUUCCGACAUGAAUUCAGAGGAGCCGGAGAGGAAAAAGAGAAAAAUGGAGCCUCAUAUAGGCGGGGAUAGUUGCCAGAUUCAAGAACAGUCACCUUCGAAAUCUUUUCAUAAUCUACCAUCUGGCUCGGCAAGUGGAGAUUUCAAUGAUGUCGUGACAGGGCACCAUUUUGUAUCGGUUGCAGCAUCAAGUAGUGGCAAACCCGAUGACAAGGACAAUCUAGUUUUCUUUAGACAAAAGUGUGAUCUUGGCGAUGAAUGGGAAUACAAAUAUCCAAUUCCUCUCAGUAAAUAUCCGAAUAGGCAGAUUAAAACUGGAAAUAUUCAUUAUGAUGCCAUGAUACCGGACCUAGAACUUUUGGGAUACCGACCGUUACAAGUGAUUGCAAAGGGUAGGUCUGGAACGAUAAUUUUGGCACAAGAUCUGCACAAAAAACGAAACUUUGAGGAGAGCGAAUUUUGUCCUGUUGCAUUGAAGCUUAACACAGCAAAGUCCCGGAGCCGAUCACGUUACUCUUGGAAAACCGAUAUGACAUUUGAAUUAAACCAUCUUAGACAGUUGCACCAUCCACAUAUUUUGUCUUGGUUAAACAAUAUUUGCUACGAAGGUCGGUAUGGUAUUGUCUUAGAAUUUUGUGAAAAUGGUACUCUAGAACAACUUCUAAAAGUUCAUGAUGCAAGAUUUUUGACUGAACCCGUUUCACACAAGUAUUUCAAUCAGAUAUUUUCAGGUAUCGAAUAUUUGCAUCUCCAAGGAAUCGCACACAGAGAUUUGUGCACAGAAAAUAUUCUAGUAACUUCCCGGAAUUCUUUGAAGAUAUCAGACUUUGGCCAUGCUGUUUUUUAUUUUUCUGGAGACCCACUGAGAACUGACAAUUGUGGAUCUACUGGAUUUCAAGCUCCAGAAAUACUGAUGGAUCAUCCCUACGACCCCAAAGUGUCAGAUGUAUGGUCUUCAGGGUGCAUUCUAUAUUUAAUGUGCACAGGAAGGUAUCCAUUAGGUUUAAUUAAAUCUGAGUUUUUGAACCGUGCGUCCAAAGAAAUAGAGUUCCCAGAAACGCGUGUCUUGUCACUUACAUUUGAGCUAAAACAACUCGUAAGAGGACUACUGACAUUUUGUCCGCACUCCAGAUUUUCAUUAAACAGAACAAAAUAUAGCGAAUGGAUGAUGGAAAUGCACUCAAAGGUUCAAAUAGGAAACUUUUACAUGAUUCGUCAACCAAAAAAGAUAAGAGAAGGCCAAAGGGAACAAGAAAUUAAAUCUCAGUACGGAAUAUAAAAUAUAAAUUAGACAAAAACUAACGGACAGGUUCUGUGUUUUGGUAUCGGCAUUUCGGAGUUCAUUUUAAUUUAUGGUUUUUAGUUUCGACCUGCACUCGAAAUUCUUUUGUUAUGUGGUCCAAAUGCUGAGUCCGGGUUCAUUUCAAUUAUAUAAAAUGUUAAGGGUCAAGGUUGCUUUCAAAAGCGCUUUAUUGAAUACCCAACUUAAAAUGUAAGAUAAUUGUAUUUAAUGGAGACCGGCAUCAAAUUGUAAGUAGAAAAGUCUUCACUGUGGAUCAAGAGUUUCCGGUCUUACUUUGGAUGCCUUUUCUUCAUUUAAGGAGUUAAAGGCUGGCUUUUUGGAAGAUGCACAUUUGUGAUAAUUGAUGUAACAUUUGGGCUAAAAAUAUGCUACGAUAAUUAUAAAGUUGACAUUUGGGCUAAUUGCAUGUUAAAUAUCUAUAAUUUAAUUGUAUAUAAAUAUUCUAUAUUUAAUAAUGAACAUGUUCUGUUUAAUGAAACCCUUCCGUUUGCCCGACAAUGUCUGGCCCUUCCCACCACCGGAAGAGGAAGUGGGAUUUUGAGCAAAAUAAGUUUCUAUAUCUGGCACUCAAAGUUGUUUAAUAGUAUCUACAACGUCAAGGUAUAAAACAGUCAGGAUAAGAUAUAAAAAUUACAUCCAAUAGAUUUUUCUCUAAGAUUGGUUCUGGUCCUGAGUUUAAAGCUAACAGCCUUUAAAAAUUAUAAUCUUGCGAUGCCGCCUAUCUCAAAUGUAAACUCAUCUCCUUUAAAUUGUGUGAAUUUCAACUAUAUGUAUGUUGUAUUUUUAUAAGUUAUUGUUUAAUAAGUAUCUUAUAUAUUUCAUAUCAAGAAUUGAUAUAGACCAAUUUAAUCUAUAAUUUACAUGUACAGGUCAAAAUUAGAAAAUUAGCCCAAAUGUAAACUUUACUACAAAAUAUUAAGCCCGAAUGAUAUCAUGGUCACUCUUAUGAUUUAGCCCAAAUGUCUUGCGCCCAGCAUUUUACAUUUGAUCUUUGCUCGAAUUUAAAUGCCGACGAUUUUUCUUCAAACGCCGAAUAUACUUGUAUGGUCAAUCGUCAAUUUUGAAAUUCUUGACCAAACCACAAACACAGACCCUGUCCAUUAUCAUGCAUGCAGCUGUGAUAAAAUGAGACAAAUAAAUAUUUAUAAAUCU